AUGGCACCAUAUGAAGCUUUGUAUGACCGAAAAUGUAGAUCCCCUAUAUGCUGGACUGAAGUUGGGAAUAGAGUCUUGCUUGCACCUAAGCUUGUACAGACAGCUACCAAUAAAAUCAAAGUUAUUGAAAAAAGGCUUAAGACAGCUCAGAGCCGACAAAAGAGUUAUGCAGAUGUUAGAAGAAGGCCCCUUGAGUAUGAGGUUGGUGAUCAUGUGUUCAUCCGUGUGAAUCCAAUGAAAGGCCAAUUAAGAUGCAGUAAAAUAGGUAAACUAUCACCCCGUCACAUUGGACCGUCUCAAAUUCUAAAAAGGCAUGGUCUGGUUGCUUUACCACCGGGAAUAGAACAAAUGCACAAUGUAUUUCACGUAUCAAUGUUAAGGGGCUAUCUCUGGGAUCUAUUCCACGUAAUUGACUAUUACCAAAUAGCACUUAACGAAAGUAUGAAGUACAAGGAAUGGCCAAAAUGGGUCAUUGACCGACACGUAAAGCAACUGAGAAACAAAACCAUUCCAAUAGUGAAAGUGGAAUGGAAGGAACAUUAUGGUAAGGAUGCCACGUGGGAGAAUGAAGAAGAAAUGCAACAACAACACCCACAUUUGUUUCCAACGGAAGGUAACAUAAGUUUGGGGGACCAAACUUCCUAA